CCAGCGAGCAUCGCUGUGAAGUCACGGCUGCCAGGUGCCAGUUAACUUGACCGGGCUGUAACUACCUAAUCAUUAUAGCAACAAAACUUCUAACCGGUCGAUCUGGAAAUCAUUGGGGGAGGCCUCAGGUCAUUUCUACGAUCUGAGGGGGAGGCCUAUGUUCGUUGUCCAGCAGUAGACGUCUUGUGGCUGAAAUUAUGAUAAUGACGACGAAUCUAAUCUCGAAAAGGACAGUAGGUACCUACUAACAAUGAACAUAAGGGAUCUUGAGGGGAUAUGGUGCAUUCUCUCUGUAUGUUUUUACUCAUAAAUUACUUACUUAUACUUAUUUUCUUUAUUGUCCAAUACUUACUGAAGGCAUAUCCUUGUGUACUGAUAGCUGAUUUCUUCUCCAGAGACUACCACUUCUACAACUGCAAGAAUCGCCUCAUACCAGCGCUGUCUAUCCAUACAAAGACUGAAUUCCGUCGCACUCUGAAACCGGGUCCGGGCGUCGAUCGGCUUGGCCAAAUGCCGAUACCCCAAGAGCUGCACAUGAAACGCGGCGAAAAAAAAAUAGAGAAGAAAAAAAGGAGGUCGUCGGCGAAAGGGAAGGGAGAUGAUAAGAAAGAGAAGGAUGAUGGUAAGAAGGAGAAGGAAGAUGAAAAAAAAGAAAAGGAUGAUGACAAGAAAGAGAAGGCUGACGAUAAGAAACCCAGUAGGUCGAAUCUAUGAACUUUGGUGGUUAUGGCCAUUUGACCAUGACCAUAACCAUG